AAAAAGAAAAAGAAGACACAUAGAACGACGCCGCUUGAGGUUACCACUUGCGCUUGGUCCCUUGCGUCCUAAACUGCCUUCAAAUUUUAUCGGACGCUUUUCCAGUGACCCAUUUCUGGAACCCAGUCACUUCUCAGUUCAGUUGUACAAGGCAAAGCAAAUGGAAUUAAGCACAGCAUGGAAUUCCAGAGCCUCUGCUAUCUCAUUUGCACCACGCAUCACUCCCAAUACUUGCAGUAGCUCUCACUUCCAACACCCUUCUCUCCCACCUCAAAGGCUUUCUUUCCCAUUUUGCCCGUACCCAUUUCGCUUUGUUCCCAGCAAGUCCCUAACACUGCAGGCUCGCAAGCGAAACUCAGAGCCUGAGCAGCAGCCACUUGUCAGCCCAACCAUUAUUGAAGAGGUUUCAGAGGAUGAUGAAGACGACGACGACGUUAUCUUGGAUGACGAGGCAUCAGUGGACGAUGAUUAUUAUGGGGAUGAGUCUGCGGCGGAUGAGGCUGAACUGUAUGAUGGAGAUGGAGGCGGAGGAGGUGGAAUUUCACUUGCGGGGACAUGGUGGGAUGAAAAGGCAUUGGGAAUAGCUGAGGAAGUUAUUCUGACCUUUGAGGGUGACUUGAAAAUAUAUGCCUUUAAAACAUUGCCAAAUUUCAACAUUCAAGUGCGCAUUGAGAAGCUUUCGAAUAAAUCUGGCUCCCCAAGUAUGGAAGACAUAGAAGCUUUUUCUAGAACCUAUAGAACAAGACUGGACGAAGCAGAGCUUGCUCGAUCAGUACCUGAGAAUUUAUGUCUUGAGGUGUCAUCUCCAGGUGUAGAAAGGGUAGUUCGGAUUCCACAAGAUUUGGAUCGGUAUAAAGAUCGACCUAUGUAUGUAAAAUAUGUAACUGAGACGGAUGCAACUGGUUCAUUGUCAGAAAGUGAUGGUGUUUUCAGGCUUGUUUCUUUCGAUAUGGAAACAAAAUGUUGCAUCUGGGGUGUAGCAGACGUGAGGAUUAAUAGAGAAAAAGCAGGAAAGGGGAGACCACUUAACAAAAAGCAGCGGGAGUGGCGAUUGAAUACAACCUUUGAUUCCUUACGUUUAGUCCGGUUGUAUUCUGAUAUUUAAUCUUUGUCUUUAAAUCAUUCUUACUUGAGAGGUAGUGAUGAUAUGAUGGAGUACAUAAAUAAUGACAAUAAAGCAGAAAAAUAUUUCAAUUUGCCA